GUCACGAAAAAUAAAAAGAAGCAGAAAUAAAAAAAUGCCGGUUAUUUAUGAAAAGCACAUCAUAACCUUCGACUUUGUUUACUAGAGUAUUAUUUUACAAAAGAUAAUUAGAUAAGAAAUAUGUUGUGCAAUAGAUACCCAAAUCUAGUAUCAGAUUUUUCUUAUUAUUCACAAUACCGUCUAUUUUGAUUUUCAACAGCUUUUUAUGUGUUAAAAGGAAAAAAAUAGUAAUGGAGGCAACUACAUCGGCAGAAAAAAUUAAAAUAUACCCAAACGGUAGCUCGUAUAUAGGAUUAUGUUUAGCGAUAAGUUCUUCCGUGUUCAUUGGAUCCAGUUUUAUUAUUAAAAAAAUUUCUUUAAUAAGGCUAAGUAAAAGAGGUGUAAGAGCUGGUGCUGGAGGUUUUGGAUACUUAAUAGAUUGGAUGUGGUGGCUAGGGUUACUUUCAAUGGGAAUUGGAGAACUUGCAAACUUUGCAGCUUAUGCUUUUGCUCCUGCCUCACUGGUUACACCUUUAGGUGCACUUAGUGUACUAGUUUCCGCUGUGCUAGCUUCAAAAUUUUUAAACGAAAAAUUAAAUAUAUUUGGAAAAUUAGGCUGCCUGCUAUGCGUCUUAGGAUCCACUGUUUUAGUUAUACAUUCACCAAAAGAUGACAUGGUUCCUUCAACAGAUGAAUUAUUAAAACAGACUCAAAAUAUGGCAUUUAUUAAUUAUGUUAUUAUUAUAGCUAUGAUAGCAUUAUCAAUAUUAUUUUUUAUUGGUCCAAAAUAUGGUACCCGCUAUGUUGCAAUAUACUUAUUACUAUGCUCAUCUGUUGGUAGUUUCACAGUAAUGGCUUGCAAGGCACUUGGGUUAACCAUAAGAGAAAAUUCAGUGAAUGAUGGCGUUACGAACUACUGGUUACUGUUUGUAUUAUCUCUCAUCAUUUUAUUUUGCAUAUGCAUCCAAAUGAACUACUUAAACAAAUCCCUCGAUCUAUUCAGUACUAGUGUUGUUACACCCAUUUACUAUGUUAUGUUUACAACAUUUGUUAUUAUUGCAUCCUCUAUUUUAUUUGAAGAAUGGAAGAAAAUGAACGGCAUCGAUAUGUUAGGUGCAUUAUGUGGAUUUCUCGUUACUAUCAUUGCCAUAUUUUUGUUACACUAUUUUAAAGAUGUAUCGACCGUACAAGCUCAACAAAGGACAAGUUCCAUUCAGUAUGGAACGCAAAACAACUUCUUUUCUAGAUAUGUUUGAAUAGUAGGGCUUAAAAUUCAUAUGUACUUGUUCUAAUUUUUAACAAAAAAGUAGAAAUAUCUUUUAACAAGUUGAGGAUUGGUAAAACUUAUAUACCCCCAAAUCUCUUAGCUGAUUAUUAUGUGUACUGAACAUUAAAAUUAAUUUGUUGUUAUCCUAUCAGUAUUUACUCUUUUAGUAAUACUGAAUUGUUUACUACCAUUACACUAAUUUCUCAAACAAUUAGAUUGUUUCACAUGCAAUUCGAUAACCAAUUCAUCUUCUUGCAGAGACUAAAGGUUAACUGGUCUUAAUUUUUUUUCAUCUUUUACAAUAUAUUGUGCUUGAUUCAUAUAGUACAACAUUAUUGAAGAAAUGGGAAAAAAUUAAAGUGCAUAAAGCUAUGAAUUCAAUCUGCUUCUCAUCAUAUUCUGAGAUUCUUAAAGUAUUGUCAAAGUUAAUAAAAUAGUUAAUUAAGAUUAAAUGGUGAUUUGAAUCCUCAUUCUAUUUUGAUUAUUCAUAGCAAAUCUAUUGUAAAUAUAUCAUUGAUGCCAAUAGAAGACAGGGAUUUAAAUAUAAAUAUCAUUAACUGAAUAAAUUGUGACUGAAAAUGUUAAAACAUUAGAUAGACCCCACUAACUGUGUCUACUACAUUUUUUGUCAUAAAAAAAUUGAAAAAUUAGUAUAUUCAAUAGUCUUUUUUCAAUUUUUUCUAUUUUUUAGACACAUUUAAGAUAAAAAUGAGACCUAUGUGAGUAUAUCUUAGUACCAUGUACACCGUGACCAAAAGUAUCUAUUGUGUCCCCCUUUCUUUAUGUGGUACUGGAAAUCCUUAGUGUUUACAGAUGAUAGCUGUACUUACCAGAGAUCUUCGUCUUCUAUUUCAUACGUUCCCAGGUGUAGUCCUCUUGAAAUUUUUCAGUGUCUGACACUUCGAGAGAAUGUGGAGGUUUGUCCUCUGCGUAACAGAAUCUGCAUGCUGCAUUCUCUGUAGAGUCUAGCGCCUUUAGGUGUCUUAUUGGGGCGGUAGUGUCCCGACAGGAUUUCUGCUUUAGCCUACGUUGGUUUUGGCUUUCCCGGAGUGACUUUGCCAAUCUCAACCCCUGUAGAUUGUCCCAGUAACUGGCUUUACCCUUAUCUAACUUCUUUUCCAGUGCCUUUUCUAUUGUUUUGUAGUUGCUACCACAAAAAAGUUCAGGUCUUAUGAAAGAUUUGUCGGGCUCCUACUUUAGCUAGUUUGUCAGCUAUUUCAUGUCCCUUCGCUCUGGUGUUUCACAGAAUCCAUUGCAGGGUAACUUUAUUUUUGUUGCCUAGCUUCUGUUUGCGAUAAUGCCUUUAUAGAUUGAACUGAACACAUUUUUCAAUAGCAUAUAUUUUUACUUGGAAAAUGAUUGGUGUGUUGCAAGACUAUUUUCAACAAUUUUUUUUUAUUUUGGGUAUUUUUUAGCGCAUUUGAGAUGUAAAUGAAAUUUGAGGUUGGAAACUAAAAUUUCAACAUUUUUUUGGUCAAGAAAAAAAUUUAAAAACCAUAAGGUUCCUUAUUUGUUUCUUAAAACUGUGUGUAAAAAUAUCUUAUUAUAUUUUUAGGAAAGUACAUACAAAAACGAAGAAUUUAUUAUUAUAAUUAGAACAAUUUUUACAAGUUGAUAAACAUUUUGAAAAAGCUGAAAUUUUUAAAAAAAAUAUUGAAAAAUUAAUAUUUUUAAAAAUUUUGAGAGACCCAAGUUUAAAAACCAAAAUUUCAACGUUUUUAUUAACAAAAAACAAAUUUUUAUUUACUAAUUAAUCAUGAAAUUCACGCAACGUUACAAAGAAAAGGAAUUGUAACCUAACCUAAAAAAAUAUUAAUUUCUCAAUUUCUUAUGACCAAAAAUAGGGUGGAGUCACUUUCAAAAAAUAACCUAAUUAUUUUAUGAAAAACAAACUAAUUUUGUGUGAAAAAUUAAGUUUUUAUUUUUGAUAUGCAUACUAAUUCUUUUGUGAUCAUAAUAAGUAUUUGUAUUAAUAAUUUGUUUCAAUGUUUCAAUAAUGAGCUGUUUAGAAUAUUAUGUUGUGAUAUUAGUAAAUUAAGAUAAAAAAAACUAAUAUUAUGAUGUCAGUAUUGAAUAAAACUUACUUUUGCUUUUCUA